CCCGCGCUGCCCCCGGGGCCGCCGCUGCCGCCCCCGGCCUCCACGCUGCCCCCGGGGGCCGGCCCCGCCGCCAUCGCCGCCGCCACCGCCGAGAGCUAUGAGGAGGAGGAGCUGGACAGCCCCGCCGAGGAGGAGGACGGCGAGCGCAGCGGGCGCGCGCGGGACUCCGACGAGGAUACGGAAGAUGCCAGUGAAACUGAUCUGGCGAAACACGAUGAGGAAGAUUAUGUAGAAAUGAAGGAACAAAUGUAUCAGGAUAAGUUGGCCUCGCUAAAGAAGCAGUUGCAGCAACUGCAGGAAGGUACUCUACAAGAAUAUCAGAAACGGAUGAAGAAGCUGGAUCAGCAAUACAAGGAGAGGAUUCGCAAUGCAGAGCUUUUUCUUCAGUUGGAAACAGAGCAGGUGGAGCGAAACUACAUUAAAGAAAAAAAAGCAGCUGUGAAGGAGUUUGAGGAUAAAAAAAUUGAGCUGAAGGAAAACUUGAUUGCUGAAUUGGAAGAGAAGAAGAAGAUGAUUGAGAGUGAGAAACUAACCAUGGAAUUAACAGGAGAUUCCAUGGAAGUGAAGCCUAUCAUGACAAGGAAAUUGCGGAGGAGGCCAAACGAUCCUGUGCCCAUUCCUGACAAAAGGAGAAAACCAGCUCCAGCUCAGCUCAAUUAUCUCCUAACGGAUGAACAGAUAAUGGAAGAUUUGAGGACCCUCAAUAAGCUUAAGUCACCUAAAAGACCAGCAUCUCCUUCAUCGCCCGAGCAUCUGCCAGCGACCCCCGCAGAAUCCCCAGCCCAACGAUUUGAGGCACGGAUAGAAGAUGGCAAGCUUUACUAUGAUAAACGAUGGUAUCACAAGAGCCAAGCUAUUUAUCUGGAAUCAAAAGAGAACACCAAAAUCAGCUGCGUGAUCAGCUCGGUGGGAGCCAACGAGAUCUGGGUGAGGAAAACCAGCGACAGCACGAAAAUGAGAAUCUACCUUGGUCAGCUCCAGCGGGGAGCUUUUGUGAUCCGCCGACGGUCAGCAGCUUGACUCUCUUUUUCCCAGCAGACGUCCGUGGUAGAGACAAUCAGCUGUCUGCGAGACGUGUGCUUGUGCUCUCUAGGUGUGAUUGGCGAAAAAAAUAAUCCUCCCCUUUGCCUCUUUUGGGAACGUCUCUCCACCGGCUGCGUUCUCCCUCGUGUCUCUCGUUGAACGCCCUGCAACCUGGACCGAAGAUUUUGUCUGUAUUGUCUCGUCUCCAGAGGGUAGUUCAGAAGAACAUCCACGUUCUCCUCUUUCCAUUAUUUCGUCCUUUCUUGCGUGCGUAGUAUUGUAAAUGUUUUCAGUCGAGGAGGGCCGGUGCAGCUGGAGGAAGCUGAGCUGACUGUCCGGCAAAGCAGAGCCGCGCCAAAUGUGGGAAGGUGACAGCGAGGACUGUUGAAACGACUAGAAAAGGACGGCGUUCACCUGGGCGGACGUGCCGGGAACUGGCUGGGAGCUUUCAGAACCUCCAUGGCCUCCUGGAUUUCGAGUUAUUUAUGUGAAAAGGAGUUACAGGACUUUUCUUGAUUAAGCCAAAGCUAUGUUAAGAGCUUGGAGUGGUUUUUCUGUUCUUGGUUUUGCAGGCAAUGGUGGACAAGCACAGAGUGUCUUCUUCUCUCCCCCCCCCCCGCUUCCUGAAUGUUGUUUCCUGCUCAAAGCAGCCUUGGGAUCAUCAGGAAGGGUGUUCUGCUGAGGCAUGAAGUUGAUUGUAUCCCCAAAGGUUCCCCCUUCCGCAGACUGGCCUUCUCCAGAAAAACGUUGGGCACAUCCUCCAAGAAGCCUUGACUUUGUGCAUGCAAACCUAUUCCUUGUCUGCUUCCCCCCUCCCCCCAAAUGUAAAUAUUAGAAGCGUAGGGCCUGGAUCCAGACCAAAAGCACAGGCUGAGCUUCCCAGCAUUGUACUGUUUUUAUGACCUGGUGGUGGCAAAGCGUUGUUCCCAAAAUAUUUUUUAUCUCUCCAAUCUUACGUGUAGUGUUGGCUGUAUUUCCCCCAGCUCCACAAUUCUGGGCAGGGAGGGUUGCUUUCCUUCUUGACGGCUCCCAUCCACCUCCUCUGAACAGCGAACGCCUCUACUUAUUCCAGAUCGCUCUGCAGAUUAUUACGGGUGAAACAAUUCAAGAAUCUGUUUGAAAAUAAACUCGUAAUAAUCAACCACCAUGAAACCAAGAUCAUGCCUCAAACAGGCAUGUACGCCAGGAUUCAAAUAUUCCAGAAAUACAGUGAAAGGUAAUAGUCAUACCAGCCCUGUCCUCGAGGCUUGAUGAAGUAGCCAAGUCUUCACAGACAUCCUGAAGAUCAGGAGGGAGUGAGACCAUCUCAGUACCAUCAUUUCUUCAUCCUGUCAGGCUCAAACAAUGAGCCAGUUACUUACCUAGGGUUCUAGUACCCUAGCAAACUAAGGGUAAUCCUAGCUUUUGCGGGGGGAGGGGGAAGCAGUCAUCUUGACCAUACUGUAAUCCUUGUAACCUUUGCAACGCGGGCUGAGACUGCAUUUUUUUUUAAAAAAAUGAAUAUUAUUUUUAAUAAAUAAUUAAAAGGUGGUAGCUGCAUUGGGGCUAUUGCAGACAAGAGGGGGCCAAGCCUUUGGGCCUAUAAUUCGCUCUCAGCAAUCAGGAAAAAGAAGCUUCAUGUUGGCACUUGCUGUAGCCUCCAGGCUGUGUCCAAAACCACAAAGCAGGGCUGAUUUUGAAGUAGCCCUCUUCUCCAGGAACCUGAAAUGGCUGUUAAGGUGAGUAAGCCUACGGUGAAUCUUGUGUAAAAAUGGUGGGUAUGGCGGUCGUCAUGAAGAAUCGUUUUUCCAAAGUCUGGGCUGCUUAAGAGUAUCCCAAGUCAGUCUUUUCCAACCUGAAGGCCAGUUGUCUUGUUGGGAAUCCUGGACCCCGAUAUCCAUGUCUCUGAGGAUGUGUUGAACAUUGUUGAGGCCGUCCAGCCCCAAAACAUCCCAUUUCAUCGUGGAAUGGGCUGAUCCAAGUGGUUUUGUGUUUCUGGAAGUGGACUGGUAGAAAGCAUUUCUGUAACCCCUUGCACACCUCUCCAAGACAGGAAUGCUGGCCUGGGUUGUGAAAUUAUGUAGCUUAGUAUGUUGUGCAAAUGCAGACAUGUUUGCAUCCCCAAAAUCCUUGGAGCCUCAGCAUUCUGCUCUCAGCACUUUCUGGGUGAUCCUUAUACAAUGAGUUGUCCCUCCCAUUGCAGGAGGUGGCUGGGAGUUAAUCCUUAGCAUCAAAAUCCACUUUGUAAAUAAAAAAAAUUGAGUUCAGGUAUUGGGGACUGUUAGCUACUCUGGCCCUUCAGUUUCUUCUCAUCCCCAUUGAAUCACCCCUUCAAAGAAGCUGUAUGUCCGAAUCAGUUCUGCAAUCGGUUAUGAUUCAUCUCCCAUGGACAAGGCCUUCUUGGAGGUCUCCAAUUACUACUUUGACUCAUCCUCCUUCCAUCCACUUUUGCUGAAGAGCCUGGAUCCACAAAUCCUUCCUCUACAAUGAAAAUGAAGCAAAGAAGAAAGGGUGUUAGAAGCCAUAUGAGAUGGGGACGUGGAAGGUUGGAAAAGGUGUAGAGUGUCAAGUGAAGCUGCAAGGCCAUCUGACUCAGCAGCAGAAUCUCUGGGGUUUCAAAGGGCCAUCUUUCCCACUUGUCUUUCCAAUUGUUCAAACUGGAACCCACCUGCUCCCUCCCUCCCUGGGGUCUUCAGUAUGCAAACCUUGUAUUUUAAACUAAGCUAUCUCUCUUCCUGAAAAAGGUCUAUGGGGAACAGAACCUCUCUCAUUUCAGGUUGAUGCCCUUUAAUGGACCUGGCAAAGCAGCUCUCAAGAACCCAUAAUUCUAGUGCCUGCAGAACACCAAACAUUAAACACAGAAUAAAGAUAAAAUUGUUCCAAAUC